AACCACUUUACAAAAUUACUCUCCAUGCAAGAAUGUCAUUGCAGGCUUUCAGGUAAAUCAAUCUGUCCUCUCUCAGAUAAAACUUCACCACUGUACCCAAAUUCUUGAUUUUGAAUGGACACAACAAAGCUAUUAUCUCUGUUAAGAACAAGCAUUAGCUCUAAGUCACUGUUAAAAGACAAACUAAUCCACAAACAAGUAGUCACUUGAGGCCUCCAAAACAGCAUAGCCUUGUGCAAAAACCUCAUCAACUUCUAUUUCUCUUGCCACUACUAUCACUAUGCCAAGCUUAUUUUCAAAACCUUAGAAGAUUCGUUAGACCUUUCUUUAUGGAAUGUCCUCAUGGCUGCUUAUGCCAAAAACUAUAUGUUCAUUGAAGCCCUUGAGGUUUUUGAUAGGUUAGUGCUGCACCCAUUUUUGAAACCCGAUAGUUACAAAUACCCAAGUGUGUUAAAGGCUUGUGGUGGAUUAGGAAGAGUUAGUUAUGGCCAAUUGAUUCAUACCCAAUUGAUAAGAACAGGGUUUGUAUUGGAUGUUGUUGUCGUUAGCUCUCUUGUGGGGAUGUUUGCAAAGUGCAAAAGGUUUGAUUAUGGGAUUAAGGUGUUUGAUGAAAUGUCUGAGAGAGAUGUUGCGAGUUGGAAUACUGUUAUUUCUUGUUAUUACCGAGAGGGUCAAGCUGGGAAAGUGCUGGAAUUGUUUGGAAAGAUGAGGGAUUCUGGGUUUGAGCCCAAUUCGGUGACGUUAACAAUGGUUAUUUCAUCGUGUGCAAGGCUUUUGGAUUUGGAAAGAGGGAAGGAGAUUUAUGAGGAAUUUGUGAAAGAUGGGAUUGCUUUUGAUAGUUAUGUUGGUUCUGCUCUUGUGGACAUGUAUGGCAAAUGUGGUUGUUUGGAGAUGGCUAGAGAGGUUUUUGACCGAAUGCCAGUGAAAAAUGUUGUUGCUUGGAAUGCGUUGAUAGCAGGAUACAGUUCAAAAGGUGAUAGCAAAUCAUGCAUUGAGCUUUUUAGGAGGAUGAAUGAGGAAGGAGUUAAGCCAACUCUUAUUACAAGGAGUUGCACAUUAAUGUCUUGUACUAGAUCAGCCAAACUUGAACAUGGUAAAUUUGUACACGGAUAUUUAAUAAGAAACAGAAUACAAGCUGAUAUUUUUAUUAAUAGCUCACUUAUCGAUCUUUAUUUUAAAUGUGGAAGUGUUAGCUCAGCUGAAAAUGUCUUUGAUAAGAUGAGCAAGACAAAUCUAGUUUCUUGGAAUGUUAUGAUAUCAGGAUAUGUGACAGUUGGUGAUUAUUUUAAAGCCCUUACUCUCUAUGGUGGCAUGAAAGAAAGUGAUGUAAAACCAGAUGCUGUAACAUUCACUAGUGUCUUACCAGCAUGUUCACAGCUAGCAGCCUUAGAAAAGGGAAAAGAGAUCCACAAGUAUAUUGUUGAGAGUGAGCUAGAAACCAAUGAAAUAGUCAUGGGGGCUGUCAUUGACAUGUAUGCUAAAUGUGGUGCUGUGGAUGAAGUGUUUAAUGUAUUUAAUAAAUUACCAGAGACGGAUCUUGUGUCAUGGACUUCUAUGAUCACUGCUUAUGGGUCUCAUGGUCAAGCUUUAGAGGCUUUAAGGCUUUUUGAUGAAAUGCAGAAAUCCGAUGCAAAACCAGACAACGUUACUUUCCUUGUAGUUUUAUCAGCUUAUAGCCAUGCUGGAUUGGUUGAUGAAGGUUGUAAUUAUUUCAGUCAAAUGACCUCUAAAAUUGAACACUACUCGUGCUUGAUUGAUCUUCUUGGAAUUGCUGGAAGAUUACACGAAGCUUACCAAAUUCUACAGAGCACAUCAGAGAUCAAGGAGGAUGUUGGGCUGUUAAGCACACUAUUUUCUGCAUGCCAUCUGCACCAAGAUAGAGAACUGGGACAGAAGAUUGCAAAAUUGCUCAUUGAGAAGGACUCUGAUGAUCCAUCAACUUAUAUUGUCUUGUCGAACAUGUAUGCAUCUGUCAAGAAAUGGGAUGAAAUACGAAAGCUAAGAUUAAAAAUGAAAGAGCUUGGUUUGAAGAAGAACCUUGGUUAUUGCUGGAUUGAGAUUGGAAAAAGGAUUCAACCUUUCUAUGUAGAAGAUAAGACCCAUCCGCAGGCGGAGAUGGUAUAUGAAUGUCUUAUGAUUUUGGGAGGAAGAUGAGUUGCAGCCCUCUUAGAAGUCAGCUAGAAAAUGCACUUCUAUCAGCACAAAGGCUCCUUGUGCAAGAUGGUUGACAUGAAAUUCGUGUCGAGAAUUCUACAGACAUGAUUUAACAAGGGGAAAAUAAAGGAAUGCAAAAACUCUUGGAGCAUUUGAUCCACUUUCUAAAGUUUAGUCUGCACAAAAGGCAGAACACGAACGCCUGAACUUAUGUCAGUGACAGCACCUAAAUUGAUGUUCAACAAGGAGAGCAUUAUAAAUGAAAGUAUGAUAUAGUAUGAUUGAGACAUCAGACAUCCCCCUAUUUGAUUGAUUGAAGCUAGUUCAGUCAAGCAAAUGCUUCCUCCAAACAAACCAUUAAAGGAAAGGCUAAGAAAGAUUCUGGCUGAAAACCAGGAAUCCUGAAGAAAAUGGCCUCAUUCUUGAAUGAUUUCCUUCAUUUUCCCAAAAAAUCUUACCAAGUCAUUUGUUAAGAAAUUUUAAUGUUCUUUGUAAAGCUGCAAAUGAUACACCAAU